AUGGCGAUCCCACCAAUUCUCAAAAAGAUCGGCCAAAAGCUCUCACCUCCACCAUCAACAUCCGAAGAUGGCCGUGAUCAAUGGAAUUCGAGAGCUUCCUUCUUACUAGCGGCCAUGGGAGGCUGUGCUGGUAUGGGAAACCUAAUUCGGUACCCUUCACAGGUGUACAACAACAACGGCCUCCAGUGGUUUAUUCCAUAUCUCAUGUGUGUUUUCCUGAUAGCCAUCCCGGCCUUGAUUCUCGAAGUCAGUAUUGGUCAAGCGUACCGUGGAGGGUCUGUCGUCGCUUUCAACAACAUCAACCACCGUCUCAAAGGUCUCGGCUUCAGUCUUUUAUACAUCGGUUUUAUGGUCAGUCCGUACUUCGUCGUCAAUCUUUCCUGGAUCAUGAUCUACUUCCGGAACUCGUUCCAGAGUCCUCUGCCAUGGGAGGGACGUGCUGAGGAAUACUACUACCAAGACGUAGUGCAGAAUGUCGAUGCGAUUCCCGGUAACAAGACGUCGAGUGGUGUUAUAGACUACGUCAAAUAUCCUGGCACUGCCCUUAUUGGAGAGACUGUUGGAUGGACUGCAUUCGUCGUCUACUUCACCAUGGGUCUACCUGUUGUCUUGACUAUCAUCCUUGUCGGCCGGUCUGUUUCACUUCCAAACGCUGGCCGUGGCGUAAAGCUGUAUUUUGGAGAGUGGAACGGCGAGAAACUGGGAUCCGGUGACAUUUGGCAGACUGCAGCUGGCCAGGUCUUCUUCUCAACUGGUGUCGGUUUUGGCUAUUUCAGUUCUUAUGCCUCUUACAAUCAGAAGCAUGCCAAUGCUGUCAUGGACUCAUGUCUCAUUGUUGGCAGCAAUGUCCUCUUUGAGGGGUUCGCCGCCUUCGCUGCGUUCGGAGUUGUUGGAUACCUGGAUAUGAUGCCUGUUCCCGGCGAACGGAUUGGUGCCUUCACCAUUGGAUUUUUGACGUUGCCAACAGCUAUCACUCAGCUUCCCGGAUCAUCGUUCUGGGCCUUUGCACUCUUCUUUACCCUGGUGGUCCUGGGUUAUAGCUCUGCAUUUGCCAUGGUGGAUGCCGUGGUAACGCUUGUCAUGGAUACCAAACCCAAAAUUCGUCGCGAGUGGGUAGUCACAGGUCUUGUGAUUAUCUCAUUCCUUAUUUCACUCCCUUUCUGCACCCAAUUCGGAUAUGCUCUUCUCACAGGAGUUGACCGUUGGAUCAACGAUGUUGCUCUAGUGUUCGUUGUGUUUGGCGAAUGUGCAUUCUCCACAACUUUCUACCGUUGGAGAGACGUAGCAGGACAGGUAGGAAAGCCAGCCUUUUUCAUCUGGAACUUUGGAUACUUUGGCGGUAUGGUUCUCGGAGUUGCUGUUGCCCAUGCGGUUCAAGCUGAAGCGGGUGCUGGAGUUGGCUUUGGUAUCUUCAUCAUCUGCUCGAUCGUCUCCUGUGUAAUUGGCAAGACUCCUGACGAACUUCCGCCUGCCUUGACCUUUACCGAGGACAAGGGGUUUGCUCGCCGAUUCAUCGGCAGAAGUCAUGCCUUAUCAAAACUCUUGGACAACGUCUUCAUGACACGCUUCUGGUACCUGGCCUUUUACUCUGGCCAGCAACUUCGACGGGAUCUCAACGUGAUUGUCGCAACUGGAAAGAACUGGAGUAUUCCCGCCUUUUGGCCAAUCCUCCUACGCUUCAUCUCGGCGCCUGUGCUCGCCAUUAUCUACGGCUUUGCCUAUCCCGCUUUCUACGAGCUCCGUGAUGACCCUCUACAUAUUCUUGGCUUCGGUCUUGCCCAUAUCUGCUUGAUACUGAUCGGACUGGGAGUCCUCGUGCCCCGCUGGUACAACACGAUUAUCCCUCCUGACCGACGCGAGGAGGGCAAGCUGCCGUAUGCUCCCAAUGUUCUUUUGGAUGGCGAGGAGCCUCGAAGAACUGAGUCGAUGGAGACUGGCGAAGGACUUGCAGGCUCUGAAGGCGGUGAAAGCGAAGAAAAGAAGGGACAGAGUGUGAUAUAG